CUUUUUGCAUCGCCGCCCUACCGCACCCCCACCACGCGCCCUCCUUGUUCCACCGCCUGCGCACAAAGAAGCUACUCGACGCCUGGAAUACUUCUUUGUCUGUUCCGACUAGAUAAGCCGCCCUCCCCCCGCACGUCAGCACGCGCAACCCACAGCAGCCAUGGCGGACCAGGAGGAAGACUUCAGCUCGCUGCCACUCCCCGACCGCUUCACACACAAGAACUGGAAGGUGCGGAAGGAGGCAUACGAAGCCGCCACCAAAGAGUUCAACCUCGCCGCCAGCGAAUCCGACCCCAUCGUGCGCCAGUUUGUGACGGAUGCGAGCAUAUGGAAGGGUGUGGUAGGCGACUCCAAUGUCGCAGCACAGCAAGAAGGCCUGGCCGCACUAUGCGCCUUCCUGGAGAUCUCAGGCCAGGCGGGCUGCACACGGACGCGCCAAAUCACAAUCGCAACCAUAGCCGAGAAGGGCCUGCCGUCAACGAGACCAGCGGCCAAGCAAAAGGCCCUCGAGGCUCUGAUGCUGUACAUCGAGACAGACAAGCCAGAACCAGUCAUCGAAGAACUCCUCCCUUUGCUCUCGCACAAGCAGCCCAAGGUCAUCGCCGCCACCAUGGACGCCCUGACUCACAUAUACCACGCCUUUGGCUGCAAAACAGUCGACCCCAAGCCCGUCCUCAAAACCCUUACCAAGAGCUAUGGUCACGCGGAUAAGAACGUGCGAGCCAAAGCACAAGAACUGACCGUCGAAUUCUACCGAUGGCUCAAGGAUGCCAUGAAGCCCCUCUUCUGGAAUGACCUGAAGCCUGUCCAGCAAACAGACCUCGACAAGCUAUUCGAAAAGGUCAAGGACGACCCACCACCGAAACAGGAGCGACUGCUGCGCUCCCAGCAAGCCGCGAAAGAGCGUGCAGCCGCAGCACCAGCUGAAGAGGAGGAGGAAGAAGAGGAAGAAGAUGCCGUCAUUGACCUCGAGGCUGAGCUUGAACCUGUGGACGUAUUUCCCAACAUCCCCAACGACUACAAUGACAGACUUGGAUCAUCCAAGUGGAAGGACAGGAAAGAGGUUCUUGAAGAGACUCUAAAAGCUCUGAACCACCCCAAGAUCGCCGAAGGACCAUUCGACGACCUGAUUCGUGGUUUCGUUAAGUCCAUGAAAGACGCCAAUAUCGCCGUCGUGUCAACCGCUGCCAACUGUGUUGAACUUCUCGCAAAGGGUCUCAAAAAGAGCUUUGGCAGGUACCGCAAAGACAUUAUGAACGCGAUGAUGGAGCGACUGAAGGAGAAGAAACAGUCAGUUACCGACGCAAUCACAGCUGCCCUCGAUGCGUCAUUCGCCUAUGCCAGCUUCCAAGACUGUUUGGAGGAGAUUCUGGAGUUCUUGAAACACAAAAACCCGCAAGUCAAGCUCGAAUCUACACGAUUCCUCGUGCGAUGUCUGAAAGUGUCCCGCGAUGCACCUACACCAGAACAGGCCAAGGCGAUAGCCGAAUCUACAACGAAGUUGUUGACCGAAUCACAAGAGGUGCAGCGAUCUGCCGGUGCGGAAGUACUUGGUACGCUCUGGAAGAUCAUGGGAGACCGCAUCAUGAACGCACACAUCGAUGGCCUUGACGAAAUCCGGAAGACCAAGAUCAAGGAGUACUUUGAGUCUGCCGAAGUCAAAUCUAAAUACAAGCCCAAGCCCGUAGCCCCUCCCAAGCCUGCUGCAGCUCCACCAGCAGCUGCGAAGAAGAAAAUUCUAGGAGGCAAACGGCCCGCUGCAAAGAAACCAGCCCCAGCAGCGGCAGCUCGACCUCCACCGCCACCAGAGGAGGAGCCCAUGGCACCUCUCGCGCCAAAGCCCACAUCAAGGCCAGGCGCCUCGAAGUUGGGUGGUCCAAAGUCAGGGCUCGCAGGGCCAAGGUUAGGAGGCUUGAAGAAACCAGCUCCCGCUCCCGCUUCACCAACUCGAUCAAUAAGAUCACCGUCUCCAGAAGAAGAAGAGGCACCUCCUCCACAACCAAGGCUUGGGGCUGGACGAGGUCUCGCAGGACGUCCUCUGGGCAAGCCCGCCGCUGAACCUGCUGCCGCGCCUUUCGUCGCUCAAGCCCCUACUGGACUUAGUUUGGUAGAGCGAGCAGAGCUUGAAGAACUUCGUGCAGAAGUUGAGCGAGUCCGGCGUCAGGCUGAAGACUUACGCAGCGAGCGUACCAAGCUCACUUCCCAAAUAUACGAGCUACAGAACCAAAAUGCCCAGCUCAUUGAGGAUCACACACGAGACGUACUUUCAAUCAAAGCAAAGGAAACUCAACUCGUCCGUGCUCGCUCCGAUUACGAAGCAGCAGAACAAACAGUACAGAACCAGCGCCGUGAAGUCGACCGUCUGAAACGCGAACUCAGUCGCCAGGUUCGCGCCAGUUCACCACCCCCCGCAGACCUAGCAGAUGGAAUCUACUCCGAUAACAACGGCAGCGGAAACACAUCUCAAACGCAGUACGCGAGAAGCGAAAGGAACUUCUCCAGUGGGGCGCUGAGUCCUCGUCUGAGCCCAGGUAGUGACGGUAAGGAGAACUUUGAUAGUUUCUCCCGCCGCUCUAGUUCACAUAUGAGUGGAAGGCUAAGUCCUCCCCGUACAGAUGCGUCUACCAAGCCCUCGUUAUCGUCGAGAGGCAGUGAUCGUAUCAGUCCGGCUGAGAACGGCGCAGGCGCAAGACGCAUCGGCAGUUCGCAAGCAGCGUCUGGUGCGGAGAGCUGGAAACGCGCGGCCGAGGUGACGCAGAACUUGAAGCAAAGGAUCGAGAUGAUGAAGGCUAAACAGGGUAUCGGGAGACCGGCGGCCCAGUGAUGUGUCAACGUCCCCCCUUCAUCCUCGCAUAUGCAUGGACUUGCUCCGUAGGUCUAGGCUUGUAGGGGCGGUUUGACGGAACGCGUUACACAGCAUCGUGCCGUCCAUGUCGCUUCUCUUUGCAACUCGCUUGCUUGCGUGGUGUUUCCGGUCGGCGCGUACAUCACAUGGAGCAUUUUACACGGCGUUCUCACGGGGUCCGCGCUGGCUUGAUGUGCGUGGUUCGGACAACGAGGGCAUGGGCGGGGGACCGGUGAAGGUUCCACGACUGUUUUGUUUUUGGAAUAAGGACCUUCUGGCUCGUUUUCUUACAUCUGGCAUGAUUCCCCCUUGUGUUUGGCUGGUCUGAUCUGGGUUGGGUUUGCGUGAUAACAUAUUUAAUCGUGCUGGGAAGGAGGC